GCACUUGUGCUGUUCAACUCAGGCAGCACAACUGACUCGAUCAGCCUCGACUUUGCUCGCAUUGCUGGUGUACAAGUUUGCAAACUAGAGAACCCCGCGAUCUUGCAACUGGGAUGUGUCAGCAGCCAGUUGCGAAUCAACUUUGGCGCGACCAUAUCUGUUAAGUGGGGUGAAUUCGUGCGAGAUGUGUAUAUGGAUGUGGUGAACCUGGACCGCUAUGAUGCCGUAUUUGGUACCCCGUUUAUGCGAAAGCAUGGAGUCUGUCUAGAUUUUGCACAUGGAGUCAUCCACCUUCAGGGCCAGGCACUCCCAGCUCUUAGCCCUCAGGAGGAGGAGAUGAGCAUGCAAUGA